AUGCAGGCAAAACCUUUGACCAACCAAACUAAAUCGGCUUUCCUAUUUCACCAAUAUCCGUUCAUUUUGUUCCACAUAUUUCAGGUCAUUUGCUCGCUCCAUACUACUGAACAUGAGGCUUUAAAACUCAGCAGGCAUUGUAAUUUAAAACAAGUUGAUCGCAUUGGCUUCAUGAUGUUGCUCAUCAACAAUGCAGGUCAAUCUGUCAUGAGCCAUUACACAUCUUACAGCUUUCAACAGCUUUCAAAUUAUUUGCUUCUUUAAAAGCUGCUUUUUUACAUCUCAGAACCCUAUGUUCUCAAAUAUGAACAUGUUCAAAAUGACCAGGCCAUUACCGUAUCAUUUUUUUUAGAGCCGUUAAGAUCUAGACUCAGGCAACGACUGCUUACACUUAUUAAUGUUGUAGCAUUCACGUUUUCUUACUUUUGUUACUCUCUUCCAUCAUUGCUACAUUUAAUUCAAUGUUCUCCUUUGCUGAACUCCACUAUGUUUAACAACUGAAUUCAAUGAAUGACCAUAACUUGCUGCUUUCUCCUCA